GGCUCUCCUGCAUCGCUGCGAACCCCAAGCUCCAAAUCCCCAAAUCCUCUCCCAGAACCGAAAAUGGCCUCAAAAAAGUUCGCAUUUUUCCUACUCUCCGCCGUCGUCUUCUCCACCGCCGUUGCGGCAAAGCGGCCGGGAUUCGGAGGGAAUUCGACGGAGUUCAUCCGCGCUUGCUGCGGGGCGACGCGGUACCCGCGGCUCUGCUUCACCUCCAUGGCCGGCUACUCGAGCGCGGUCCAGGAGAGCCCGGUCCAGGUGGCCCAGCUGGCCACCAACCUCACCCUCGCCCGCAUCGGCGACCUCGCUCGCCGGGUGAAGCUGCUCCGGCGCGGGGCGUCCGGCCGGGUGGCGGCGGCUCUGGCGGACUGCACGGAGGUGCUGGGGGACGCGGCGGACCAGGCCCGGAGGACGGCGGCGGAGCUGAAGGGCCUGGAGGCGGCGAAGGGGCCGGAGGUGGCUUGGCGGGUUUCUAACGCCCAGACGUGGAUGAGCGCGGCGCUGACGAACGAGGACACCUGCACCGACGGCUUCGACGGCGUCGGCUCGUGCCCCGUCAAGGCCGAGGUCGGCCGCCAGGUUCUCCGGGUCAAACAGUUCACCAGCAACGCCCUCGCCCUUGUUAAUAACCUCGUUGCCAGCCGCUAAUGCUAAUACCCGUCUCUAAACUCUCUCUCUCUCUCUCUGUGUGCGCUGUUGAAUUACAUAUAUGGGUGGAUCUCAGUUAAUUUGAUCACGUAACUAAGUAUGUUGUUUAGUUGUUUAAAGAGCAAAGUUUUUGUCUGUUUAGUUGGUUUGUAGUUGUUUGUAGUGUUUGUGAUGAUAGUUAGAAGUUGUGGGGCAAAUGAAAAGGACUUGGUUUGUGGUUUGGAAUGCAAAUAUCUACAUAUAUAUAAUAUAUUCUGUGGUAUUGGAA